AGACCCCGUGCACUUGCUGCAAACGUUUAGGUAAUUAACAGGUUAAUGUAACAAGGGCCUGGAGAUUUGCAGCGUCGCCUAGUUUUACUCAGCGUGACUGCGAGGCGCGUCCAAUCGGCUCAGGAUCACAGCCGGACAAAUGGAGGCUGAGGCGGCUGAGAAGGGGACGGGAGGUCGCAGGCGGCUGCGGGUGACCAGAGUGGAGUCUUUCUGUGCAGCUCACCGGCUCCACAGUAAUUUCUUGAGUGCCGAGGAUAACAAGAGAAUUUUUGGAAAGUGCAACAACCCAAAUGGCCAUGGUCAUAACUACAAAGUGGAAGUUACAGUAUGUGGUGAGGUCAAUCCAGUCACUGGGAUGGUGAUGAAUAUCACAGAACUGAAGGAACAUGUGCAGGAAGUCAUUAUGAAGCAACUUGACCACAAGAACCUGGAUAAGGAUGUUCCAUUCUUUGCUAAUAAUGUUAGUACCGCUGAAAAUGUAGCAAUCUACAUCUGGGAUAACCUACAGACUCGCCUCCCGCCGAAACUACUCUACGAAGUAAAGUUAUACGAAACUGAUAAGAAUAUUGUUGUUUACCACGGGGAAUGAAAAAAUCCUGUUGAGUUUUUGUUUAAUUUUUGUUGCUCGUACUGAGCUGUAGUUGACUCAGAACAUAAAGGGCCUGUCCCACUUAGGCAAUUUUUUUCGGCAACUGCCAGCGACUGUCG